CACAGUUGAUUACUUCUAUUAAGCUUUGCAACCGCUACCUGGCGCCGCGCCUUCAAGGAUGCGGAGUCUUUCAACCCACGAUGCUUGCGCACACACAACAGCGCGCUCGCCCUUCCAUGCGCCUGCUCGCUUAGGGAUUUUGCAUCCGCGUCCAUUGCGAGCGACUAAGGGUGUCGGACAAGCUCGGUGGCCCUUCCCGCCCUCUGUGGCAGUCAGCGCGACCACCAGCAGUGCUGCCGGCGCGAGCUCCUCCGCUGUGCAUGGCGAGGCGGCUCCCAGCACCAGCGCCAUUGGCCUCGGGGCCGGCGCCGGUGGCUCCAUCAGCUGGUUCGACAGCUGGUACCCAGUGGCCUUCACCAAGGAUCUGGAUCCAGCCAAACCGCACCGGGUCACGCUACUGGGCAUCCCCAUGGUCGUCUGGUGGGACAAGAACGCGGCUGCCUGGCGCGUGUUCGAGGACGUGUGCCCGCACCGCCUGGUGCCGCUGAGUGAGGGCCGCAUCACGCCGUCAGGCCUGCUGGAGUGCGGCUACCAUGGCUGGGCCUUCUCCGGCGACGGCAAGUGUGAGGUCAUCCCGCAGCAAGGCAAGUGCGACACGCCGCGCGCCUGCGCCACCGGCUACCACUGCGCGGUGCGGCAGGGGUUGCUGUUCGUACUGCCCAAGCCGCUGCCGCCCGCACUGCGGCCCAGCGGCGGCACCAACGACGAGCUGGCUGCGGCUCUGGCGGCGGUGGCGGAGGAGGAGGCGCGCAUCCCGCUGGUGUCGGAACUGGAGGAGCCGGGCGGCAAGUGGCUCAGCCAGGACGUGUGGCGGGACCUGCCGUACGACUGGAGCACACUGAUGGAGAACGUGCUGGACUCCAGUCACGUGCCCUUCACGCACCACGCCUCCAUGAGCAACCGCAACGUCAUUGGUCCCUACGACCUGAAGCUGACGUCAGCCAUCACGGACGCCGGCUUCAGCGGCAUGUGGACGACAGGCCCGCGUGCCGGCAAGCUGGGCCCCCAGUCCACCACCUUCACCGCGCCCUGCUUCUUGAAGCACCGCCUGGACUCCAAGGGCUUUGCCAGCCUUACCGUGGUGUACGCGGUGCCCAUGGAGCCGGGCCGCUGCCGCCUCAUCAACCGCAACGUGCUGCGCUUCAACAACGCCAUCCCCGAGGCCAUCUUCGGCCUGGUUCCCUCGUGGUGGUGGCACGUGUCCAGCCACGUGCUGCUGGAGGACGACCAGAUCUUCCUGCACCUGGGCGAGGAGGAGACGGCGCGGAGGAGGGCGGGCGGGCUGGGGCACUCGCAGGUCUGCUACAUGCCCUCGCAAGCCGACACCUACGUCAUUGCCUUCCAGCGCUGGCUGUCCCGCUUCGGCGGCGGCGGCCCCUUUGGCGGCGGCGGCCUGGCGGCCGACGGCGCCGCCUUUGUCGAGGCGCUGGGUCCGCGCCUCAGCCGCAAGGCGCUGCUGGACCGCUACAGCCAGCACACGGAGACGUGCGCCUCCUGCCAGCAGGGGCUGAAGCAGGUGGGCGGCGCGGCGGCGGCGGCGCGGGCGGUGGCGGUGGCGGCGGGCGCGGCGGCGGUGUUCUGCGCAGCGGUGGCGGUGGCGGUGGCGGGCGCGGCGGCGACGGGCGCUGGCGCGGUUGCCGCAGCAGGUGCGGCGGGCGCGGCAGGGGGUGCGGCAGCAGGGGCGGCGGGCGUGCUGAGCGCGGUUGGGUCCGUGCUGGUGGCGGCGGCGGGCGCGGUGGCGGGGCCGUAUGACCCCACGGGUGUGAGCCACAUGCUGCGCGCGGCGGCGUGGGCGCUGCUGGCUGCGGCUGCCACUGCGGCGGGCGGGCGCCUGGAGGCGCUGCGCAAGCUGUUCUAUGAGGGCGUGUAUCCGCCGCCGCGCAACCUCAAGGAUUAGGGGCUGGUCGCGGCUGCCGUGACCCGGCAGAAGUUGGCUGAGGUGGGCGUGCGUGCGACACGACGGUUGACUGCAGAACAUUGGAAUAAUUCUUGGUGCCCAUUUCAUGCGUGCAAUUUUCCGAAGUGUGCUGUUUGAGUAUCUAUGAUGCAACAUGAUGAACUUGGCAGAAGACCUGAAGUCCAUGGUGAUAUCGUUGCGGCUCAGAAGCGACAGCGUUGUCAAAUUCAAAGGGAUGGGCAUCUGUACAUGUUAUUAAACUUGUGGGCGGGACAUUCAUGCCGAAAUGUCUCUUAUCGGCCACAGUGAGCGGAGAGCAGGCGGAGGCGCGAGAAUCGAGGAUCGAGGAUGGCGUUGGCCAACCCUUUGUAACCAGCAGGCAGC